UCUAAUAUUGUCGCUGCGGAGUAAACUACCCAAUCACAAUUCGAAGCUCCAAUACAGCCAAUAGCCAUGCAGGUCCCAGACACUAUGUUUGCUUGGAGGAAGCACAAGGGCAAUCCGAAACCUAUUUGGGAAGAGGUACCUGUACCUGUUCCCUCGCCAACGGGCGUAUUGUGCAAGAUGCUCGCCUCUGGGGUCUGCCGAAGUGAUCACUCGCUUCUUACCAUCGAAAAACAGCCCGGCUGGUUCCAAGAAAAAUUCAUCCUCGGCCACGAAGGAUGCGGUCAAAUCAUCAAGGUCGGGGAUCAGAUGCUUGACACGGAAUUCAAAGUGGGCGACAUCGUGGCUCUGAAUGCUGUCCCAGGCUGUGGAGCUUCUCAGUGCGAUGAGUGUUCGCGGGACCUGGCUCAGAUUUGCGAAGUUGGGCAUCACUCUGGUAUCGGCCAAGAUGGGUUCUAUGCACCGUAUGCAGCCAUCGAUGUACGUGGACUUGCCCAUGUUCCUCAAGGAGUUUCGCCCGCUGAGGCUGCUGUGGCCACUGACGCUGUGACCACCGCCUACCACGCUGUUCAUCGACGAGGCGAGGUCAAACCAGACGAGACCGUUUUUCUCUUCGGCCUUGGAGGACUAGGAUUCAAUGCUCUUCAAAUUAUCCUCAACAUUGGGGCAAGAGUUAUUGUCUCUGAUAUCAGGGAAAGUUUGCUUGAGAAAGCAGCCGCGAUUGGGGUGCCUCGGGCAGACUUAGUUCCACCGGGGAAGAAAGUUCAGGACUUUGUUAUGGAACAAGGCUUGACCGGGAAAAUAGACACUGUCCUUGAUUUUGUUGGUACUCAUCAGACUUUUGAGGAUGCCCAGCAGAUAGUUCGUCGAGGCGGAAAGCUGUUGUGUAUCGGUAGUUUGGACACCGAGAACACCAUACACAUGAAGAUUGGAACUAGAAAGCGACUCAGCUACAUCUUCUCUUAUGGAGGUCAGGUGAAAGACCUGAGGGAAGUUCUGCAACUCAUCGCAAUAGGGAAGAUCAGGCCUAGAGUUGAGACGGCAAGACUGCGCGACUUUCCCGAUGUCUUGGAACGUUUAGAAAGAGGGGAGAUCGAAGCCAGAGUCGCUCUGAUGCACGAAUGACCUGAUGAUUUGAUCUUUCCAAAAGCUUGGACAUUAAGUCGUACGUGCUUUCAUACAUGUAGGCUCUAGCAAUAUCACCUUUCUCAAGAAGUG